CUCCGGUGUAGUCCACGGAUGGAGAAUAAUCUAGCCGUUUCCGCUCUGAAGCCUCCGGUAACCGUAGUACACCCCCCUGAGUAGCUGCUUAAGAGAAAGUGGGGGGCGGGGGGGUCACCGUGCGCCCUAAUCGUCCCCGCUUCAGUGUUAAUUGUCGGCAUAAAACUACAACUCCCGAAAUGCUUUGCGUAGUGUUGCCGGCGGAGCAUGCGCAGACCUUCCUGAUGGGUUCCUGGACUACAUUUCCCGACAUUCCCGAGCGCAGGAACUCUCCAGCCAGGAACAGGAAGAUUGGGGGGUGAGCUGAGAGGAAUAUCGUCUAGAAUCGCGAUUGAUGAUCUGUCUUGACUCCUGACUUUAAGGACCUCUGCUGGCUGUCACUGAACAGGAAUGUGCUUGGUCCCAUCUAGAGGCUGAACAUCCAUCUUGAUCCGGUACUUCUCACAGCUGAGGGUUGGUUCCAAUUGUAUCCAGUCUAGAAAAUCCUCUGUCAGAGGCGGAAAGAUCCCGACCAUAAGUGCGCCCUGAAUAUCCGAGCACCCCGACAUCACAAUGAACCUGGAGCGUGUCCCCAACGAGGAGAAACUGCAGCUGUGUAGAAAGUAUUACCUGGGGGGUUUUGCUCUGCUGCCGUUCCUGUGGCUCGUCAACGUAACGUGGUUCUUUAAGGAAGCGUUCUUCAAGCCGGUGUACACUGAGCAGCCCCAGAUCCAGAGCUACGUGAAGCGCUCUGCCUUCGGCCUCUUUGUGUGGGUGGUCAUCCUCACCACGUGGAUCAGCAUCUAUCAGACGCAUCGCGCCAGCUGGGGGGCCACCGGCGACUACCUCUCCUUCACUAUACCACUAGGCAUCCCCUGAUGUGGCGGGGGACACUGUCAUUCCACACCCGGGACCACCCAGGACUUCUUUCUUUUGCUCCGGACCCCUCGCCACAACACAGUACAGAGACUAAUGAAGCGCGCGCAGCCCGGACUGGGGCAUUUCGCUGUAUAAUGGGCCGGAUCUGUUAUAAUUGUCCAAUAAAAUGUUAAAGGUUC